AUGGACGCCUACCCUGGUUACAGAGAGUCGAGCUCUGCCCGGUCCCCCCCCGAGCGCACUAGCUGGAGUGGACGGGAUGAAUACAGAUCGAGCGAGCGCGAGAAUCCUCGGACGGAUACAUUCUACCGUGGCAGAUCUCCUGGUAUGUUUCGUGCCGAUAGACGUCGUACCCGAGACCGUUCUCGUUCCCCCGUAACCGUUGAUCGAUACGAGCCGUCCGGUCGAGUUCCGAGGGAUGAUUAUACCAGACAGAGAGAUCGUGGAGACCGCGAACGCCGAGUCUCACCAGGUCCCCUCAAUAUUGAUCGAUAUGUUCCUGGCCAGGACUCGGGCCCUCCUCCCAUCACAGUCAAUCCCCUAGCAGACCCAGCUACACUACCUUUCCAAGUCGGCUUUUCAUACUUCGGUGAAUGGUGGCGCACAAAUGAAAAGAUCAAGGAAGAGAAAGAGCUGGCCAGAACCGGCAAGAGAGGCCCUAUUCGAUCUCGUGAUAGUCAAGAGGAUCGUGACAAGGAAAAGGCCAAGAUACAAGUCGCGUACGAUGCAUACAAAGAAGAGCUCCAGGCAAAGAUGGCACGGAGUUUUGUCUCUGAGCAUAAAGGCGAGCAGUGGUUCUUGGAGAGGUACUUUGCAGAAGUCAGGGAUGGUUUACGCAAGCAACUCAAUGAGUUCCGACGAAGCAAUUACAGUCAAUGGGAGCAAGAUCUCGACUCCGGCACCUUCGACGAGUAUUCAUUGGAAGGCAUACCCAAGAGUGAAAGCAAUGGUUUAGGUGGAGUGAUUGAGAAGGAAGAGGGAGAGACAACUGCUGCGAAUGAGGUUCUUGGCGUUGGCGAUCUUGUCCCCUCCCGAGGAAGUGAUAUCAGAGAUGAAAACGCUUUCCAGCCGACUCUUCUGAUUAAAACCAUUGCCCCUCACGUCAGCCGACAAAAUCUGGAGGCUUUCUGCAAGGAACAUCUAGGUGAAGACGAAGGAGGUUUCAAAUGGCUGAGUUUGAGUGAUCCGAACCCCAGCAAGCGGUACCAUCGAAUUGGUUGGGUCAUGCUCCAUCCCGCCCCAGAAAUUGCUCCAAUUGUUGACCGGCCAGAUGUCAGGGAUGAAGACGGGGAUAUUCCACUUGCUCCUCCGGUUCCACAAUCGACAGCGGAGAAGGCCUUAGAAGCAAUCAAUGGCAAAACUGUCAAGGACGAGGUUCGAGGAGACUUCACUUGCCACGUCGGCGUACAUGUUCCACCUAGUCAACCUCGCAAGAAGGCUCUCUGGGAUCUGUUCUCCGCUCCAGAGCGUAUUGAGAAGGAUCUCGAACUUGCUCAGCGAUUAGUUCAAAAGUACGAAGAAGACUUUGGUUCUGAUUUCAAUGCCGUAUUGAAGAUUGAAGAGCGGGUUGAAGACUUGCGGAGCCAAGGCCGGCUUGUACCACCGGUCACUGCUCCCGUUGUCAAGAGAGUCAAGAAGAAUCGUGAUUUUAUUGGUCUCGAUGAAGCUAUGGAUGAAGGCGAGGAGAUUGAAGACGAAGAGGAAGAAGAGGAAGAGGGUGCUUUGGAUGACGAAGUCGACGACGAGGACCUUCUAGUCAAGAAAAAGCAGCUUGACCUUAUGGUCGAGUACCUUCGACGAGUCUUCAAUUUCUGUUUCUUCUGUGUCUUCGAGAGCGACUCCAUCCACGAACUCACUCGGAAGUGUCCCGGAGGCCAUCUUCGCCGACCACGCAACACCUUGAGCACUGCUGGUAAAGUUGCAGCCCGAGCCAGCGCGCUUGGCGAACCAUUCCCAGGAAAGAAGAGAUCCGGAACUGAUUUGAGUGAUGAUAUGGACACGGGUGCACUUUCUCCUGAGGGUGAUCGAAAGUUCCAAAGAAACGGUACAGCUACAAAGGCCGAGCAACAGCUUCAACGCGCAUUUAAUUGGGUCAAGACUUUCGAAGAAAAGCUUAUGCAAAUCCUGGAUCCUGAUUCUGCUGAUGUUCGAAAGCUUGGUGGCAUGCCGACCGAAGAGGCUUUGCAAGUAGAGUUGAUCAAGUUUGUCAAGCAGGAGGAUGAGCAUAAGUUCAGAUGCCGUGUCCCAGAAUGUCAAAAGCUUUUCAAGGAGGAGCACUUCUGGAGAAAGCAUGUUGAGAAGCGUCAUCCAGAUUGGCUUGAGGAAAAGAAGAAAGACUUUGACCUCGUCAAUACCUAUGUUCUCGACCCCGCUCACAUCGCACCAUCAAGAUCCGAUGCUAACAGCAAUGGCCACUUCCCUCCCUCAAACAAUCAGAUGCCAGCCGGCACUCCUCGCGGCUUCAAUUUACAACAAUUCGGCUUAGGCAACGGCAUGGCUCCAAUGCAAGCAUUCGGUCCUCCUGGCCAUUUUGCUCCCUUCUUCGCAAACGCCGUUCAACCAGGUUUCGGUGACAAUCGCGGUGCAGGGCCAAUCCGCCGAGGAGGCAGACAAUACCAGAACAAUACCCGCGCGGGACCAUACGACAGGAGACCCAACCAACGCUACGGCGAGAACGGAAGAUUGAGUCCGCCUCCUGGAUCCAGACGUGGGGGUGCUAGCAGCGGUGCAGGACGAUGGGGAGACGGCGCGGCAGGUGGCGCGGCUGUUGGUCCACGCGAGGCAGUACAAGGACGCAGCUUGAAAAGUUAUGAGGACUUGGAUGCAGUUGCGGGUGGUGGAUCGGGAGAGUUGAACUAUUAAAUGUUCCUGCUUACUCUGGAACAUCGCCUUAGCUGGGAAAUGAACAUACAUGGUGGAAUGGCAUGGUUGAGGGAGAGGUGAUUCGAUCCAGCUUAUCUGGAACAUUGUGGAAGUGUAUCAUAGCAGUGCUACUAGCUUGACGAAGCAUGAAAAGAUUAUCAAAACGAACACGGCAUGGAACAUUGAUGAGCAUCUGUCUUGCGUUCUCUGAAGGCGGAUGCCCUGCGUGCAAUACGGAG